AUGUCAUAUUUCUUGUGGUUUUUGGUGGUGCUUUUGGCGAGCGCAAGCGACGCUGCUGAGAAUGUAGAGUUGUUCCAGGACUGGAUCAAGGGCGUUCGCCGGAGGAUUCACGAGAAUCCGGAGCUAGGGUUUGAUCUGGUCGAGACGAGCGCGCUGGUGAGGUCGGAGCUCAAUGCCAUGGGCGUCGCCUACCGCUGGCCCGUCGCGAGCAGCGGCGUCGUCGCUUCCGUGGGGAGUGGCGAUCGGCCAUUUGUAGCUCUUCGCGCGGACAUGGAUGCGCUGCCUAUCCAGGAAGCGGUGGAAUGGGAGCACAAAAGCAGAGUUCCUGGAAGAAUGCACGCCUGUGGACACGACGCGCACGUAGCGAUGCUCUUAGGUGCUGCAAAGCUUCUUACACUACAUCAAGAACAACUUCAGGGGACAGUGCUGCUGAUAUUCCAACCAGCUGAAGAAGGUGGUGGUGGUGGAAAAACGAUGGUCGAAGAAGGAGCUCUUGGUGAUGCCGAGGCCAUUUUCGGGAUCCAUGUCUCGACCGAGUACGCGACUUCCACAAUUGCUGCGAAGCCAGGCGUUUUGAAAGCAGCUGCUGGAUCUUUCGAGGCAGUGAUAUCGGGAAAGUCUGGUCAUGCUGCCGAUCCCCACCUCGCUGUGGACCCGAUCUUGGCAGCGUCCGCGACAGUCAUGAGCUUGCAGCAGCUGGUCUCUCGAGAAUUUCAUCCUUUAGACUCACAGGUUGUCUCUGUGACAAAGUUCCACUCUGGUAGCAGUUUUAACGUCAUACCCGAUCACGUCGUAAUCGGUGGGACUUUACGAGCAUUCACCGACGAAAACUUCAUGAAGCUUAAGCAAAGGAUCGAACAGGUUAUCAUUGCACAAGCCGAAGUUUACAGAUGCUCGGCCGAAGUCAGUUUUAUGGAACCAUCCUAUCCCGCGACCGUGAUCGAUGAAGAAGCCUACCAGCUUGUCCGGGACGUUGCGUCCGACAUGUUGGGGGGAAGUAACGUAUUCGUGGCAGAGGCUUCCAUGAAAGGAGAAGACUUUGCCUUCUAUCUCCAACAAGUUCCUGGUGCUUACAUCUACUUGGGAAUCCGGAACGAGACACUGGGCUCCGUGCAUCCAAAUCACACUCCUCACUUCACUGUGGACGAGGAGUCUUUGCCGUUAGGUGCGGCUUUGCUCACAGCAGUAGCAAAUGAGUUUCUUCGACGAAAAACCAGCGAAGCAGGCCAAGGAUGACGCCAUCUUGGCUCUUUCAGUAUCAUUAAGCCGGCGGCUGGUCCCGAUCAGAUCUACAAGCUGUCGACGUGGACUGGAGUAGAGGGUGGGAUUUCAAUCCUGUAGCUGUUUCAUGUCCGCUCAAGUAUUUUGAGCCUUUCAGCUCCAAAACAGUGCCCCUGAGAUCGUCAAAGCUUGCUGCCGCUCCAUUUUGGACUUGCGCUGCUCGAAGAGAGAAAAUCGUCUCUCUCAGCACACUGUCAUCAUGGACAGGGAAGAGAAUCCUCAUAAUUUCAUGAGAAUCAUGCCUCGGGGGGGAGUAUGACGUGUCAUGGGCUUGCCAUGCACGGGCUGGACGGACGGCCCUGAUGUGAUCCCCGGGAUCGUGCGAGGGGCCAUAAUGUUUGGGGAGGAGUUAGCAACCGAGGCUACCAGAAAAGAGACGGUCUCUCGCUCUCUUUCUCUCUCUCUCUCUCUCUCUCUCUCGCUCGCUCGCUGCCGUGUUGGGCCCGUCUAAUUCUACUCUCGACAAUGGCCGGCUCUAUCAAAUCUUUGCUCCUUUCGCUGCUGCUGCUCGUCUUUGCUCAAAUGUCCUCGUUGGGCGCAAGGGUGAUGAUACAGGAGGAAACCAAGUCUGCCAUGAUCACAGGCUUGGCGAGAGACUUGAAUCGCCAGCAGCAGCAAGAAUGGAUGGGAUGGGACGAUUGGGAGGAGACGGAGCUGGAGAUUGACGGCGCUGGAGAGGAUUUCCCUCAAGAACGUCCUCAUUCCUUCUACCACGCCCAUCGAGACAGUGUCAACAGGUUCUGAAAAGCCGGAGAAGGAAAGAAGAGAGAAAAGGUUUUAGUAAGUUCGCAGUCUCUACAAUCUCUGGCGCCAUAGCUUUUCCAGGUGGUGAUCCGUUAGACUGGAGCUCUUUUUUCUUCUUUUUUCUGGACCCCAAGUUGGUAGCUUGCACAGAAAAAAUGCUGCUCUCUGUGCUCCCUGGCGCCCCCUGUAAAGAUCAAAACACCGAGAAAAAAAAAGAGUGGAUUGGAAAAAAAGAAAAAAAAGUAGAGCAAAACAAUGGCCCCUGUUCCCCGGGAAGAGUAUCAUACUUUACACGAGCUUCAGUACUCGGUCUUUGUACGGGGUUGAAUUAUGGGGAGGCGAGCUUCCUGUGGAUUUGGGGAGGCGCUUUUAUGUAAGUUAUGAAAAGAGAGAGAGAGAGAGAGAAAAUGUGUUCAGCAUCGAAGAAAUCUUUUCUUUUUAAUUUUCUUUUGUAGGUUUCUACAGUUCCGAAGUUUCAAAGAUACAAACGAGAAAAAGUAAAACCCAGGAAAACAAUCAGCCUUCUUUUUUUCCUUGGUUUGGUCACUGAACUUUGUCUGAAUUUCAAAGCUGCAGAGAGGUCCAAGCAACCAAUAAAAAAGUAACCAACCUUAAGUCAAUAAAUGGUGGAAAGGAAAAUUCCUACGGAACUUCGAUCUUUGGUCAACAAGCUGGGGUCUAAAACGAUCUUUGAAACUUCGACUUAUCUUCUUGAAGACCAGACUCCUUGUCUAAAUUGAAGUUUGAACCAGAAGGAAAGCUAGUGAAUUUGAUAAGAAAUUUAUCUUGUAUGGUUUUUGCUUGUUCUGGUGUUUCAAAAGUAAUGUCUAAAUUAUAAAUAAUGGAAGCACGAGAAAUGCUUUCUACUCAUGCAAGCCUCGCUGCUCCAAGCCAAAAAGCAAGCGCUAACCAUGGAAAAUGCAAAGGAAACCAACCCAGAGCGCUUCUAUACAAAAGCUUGAAUCAUUCACCAGCUUUGCGUUCUUUGAGG